GGACCCGGCAUACUAAAGGUGGGCAGGGAUUUUCCAGUACACUAGGAAACCGGAAACAAGCGGCGGGAUGCGUAUAUAAGGCAGCAGCAACCCGUUCACAUUCAGUAAGCCAGUAGCAUCCGAGACAGAAACAGUGCACAGUCAAGUUUCCGGGUCAUCGUCCGCAUCAAGCCAGUGUUCCCUGUACUCUACACGAGGACUCCGACAGACACAAAAAUGGUCAUCUCAGAAGCCUACUUUGGAACUUCCUAUUCUCUGGAGUACCCACAUGAUCUCAUCCAUGACUCCAUCACUACCCGCGUCAGACGGUCGGUGAGGAGUGAGGCGCCGAGGACGGUCAGCUACUCCUCACAGGUCAACAAGAAGAUCAAGGUCAAGGGAGACACGGCCGACUACCUGCAGGUCUCUCCUGCCAAUGACCUUAUCGUUGGGCCUCAGAGUCAGCAAUCCGCUGCAGCGUGUUUCCAGCUACACACGUUUGACGUGCUGACGCCGUACCCUGAAGGUGGGCAGGUGGUGGUGUUCCAGACCCAUGAUGGUAGCCACUUCCUCCACGGUGAUGCCUCCGGCAGCCUCUCCCUCAGGCAAGGAUCGAGCGAGGACCUGCAGGAGGUCACAAGCACAGAUGACAGGUUCUUCCUCCUGUACAACGAUGCUGGGGACCGCUACUCCAAGAUCAAGCACAUACACACAGGACUGUUUCUGUCAGCAACAUACGAUUCUGUGUCUCUGGUCAGUCACUCGGGCGGCUUCUCUGAUCACAUGUUGUUCGAAAGUUUCCAGUGCAGUCACUCCUGAGGCGUCCUACGUCAGCUGCUGACACAUGGCAGACUGUCAGUCCUGAAGCACCCAACGUCAGCUCUUGACAGUGGCAAACAGUCGAUCUCCUGCCUGAUGAAUACUCAUGACAGUUACUGUCAAUAUAUAAAAUAAUUGAACUACAUAUGCACAACAUUUUAAAAUACGCUUAACACAAUAGUGUAUAUUUUGUAAUUUAUUUGUUUAAAUUAUUAUUAAAAAAUUAUAUAUUUAAGAAUUAUAUAAUUAUAGUGUGUCGUCGAGGCGCUGGAUGUCUCAGAUCUUCACAAUAUUCUAUAAUUUAAUUUCAUAUUUUAUGAUAAUAAAUAAUUUUUUAUAUGA